AAGCAAUUGUACUCGAUACCGCUUUUUGCACCGAUACUGAGUACAUUGCUAAAGCAAGUCGUGUGAAAAGUGACAAUGGCUGCCCGUCGUAUUGCCCAAUCGUCGAUCAACUGGUCCGCUCUGGCCGAGCGUGUGCCUGCCAACCAGAAGAGCAGCUUUGGUGCCUUCAAAACCAAGUCGGACAUUUAUGUGCGCGCCGUGAUGGCCAAUCCAGAGAAUCCACCAAAGAUUGAUUGGGCACACUACAAGAAGCUGGUGCCAGUUGCCGGUCUUGUGGAUAACUUCCAGAAGCAGUACGAAGCUUUGACUGUGCCCUACCCAAAGGACACUGUCUCCUCUCAGGUUGAUGGUGAGAUCAAGGCUUCCGAGUCCGAGAUUUCUGCCUACAAGAAGGCCUCGGAUCAGCGCAUCCAGAACUAUCAGAAGGAAAUUGCCCAUCUGAAGUCAUUGUUGCCAUAUGAUCAGAUGACCAUGGAGGAUUAUCGUGAUGCAUUCCCCGAUAGCGCUCUGGAUCCCAUCAACAGACCUACCUUCUGGCCCCACACUCCUGAGGAGCAGGUUGGCUACAAGUCUAAGGAGCAGAUUGAGGCUGAGAAGCAUGGACACCAUUAAAUACCAAGCAGUUGAUUAUAAUGUUCAGCUUAAGAACAUGAUUCGAAAUGUAAACAUCUGUAGAGUGAAUGCGAAAUUAAAUCAUUAAAAAUGAAUAAAUACAAGCCAAAA